GGCGCGCGCCCUAAAGUUCUGGGCAAAGUACUGAGAACUGGUCGCGGGAUCGUACGCCGGCCAGUGGCAGAGGACCAGGGACCCCCGCGCCAGGAGAGCCGGUGCGCAGCGCGGGCUUCCGCCCACCAUCUGUCGGCGAGUGGCGCUCGGCGCCCCAGUCUCCUGCGGCUGGUGUUGGAACUGCCGUCGGCUGAGCCUUGCAGGGACCCGAGAAGCCGGGUUUGCGUCCUUCCCAGUCUGAAGCCUGCACCAGGGAACCAAGCAGUGUCCUCAGUUGCGGAAAGCUCAGGUCUGCCCUGUCUCAGCGAAGACCAAGAGAUUAAUGCAACAUUGAUAACAUCCUCUUCACCCCUUCUUUCAGAAGCACUGAGCUUAUUCAGGGAUUUCCUCAGAGACAUCCAGAAUGGUUUUUAGACACACUGGAUAAGAGCUGACACCUGCCUGUGUGGACUCCACUCUCUCAGCUCCACCAUCUUCUCAUGGCAUUUUGACUACACUGAGCCCAAGUGACCAGCUCUUCAUAAUGAAUGAUGAGAAGAACCUGGGCGUGUCCCAAAAAUUGGUUUCACCUUCAAGAAGCACAAGCAGCUGUUCCUCCAAGCAAGGGAGCCGGCAGGACAGCUGGGAGGUGGUGGAAGGACUGAGGGGCGAGAUGACAUACACCCAGGAGCCACCGGUGCAGAAAGGAUUUUUGCUGAAAAAGAGGAAGUGGCCGUUAAAAGGCUGGCACAAGAGAUUCUUCUACCUGGACAAAGGAAUCUUGAAAUAUGCCAAGAGCCAAACUGAUAUUGAGAGAGAGAAGCUGCAUGGCUGCAUUGAUGUGGGGCUUUCUGUGAUGUCUGUGAAGAAGUCGUCCAAGUGUAUCGACCUUGACACCGAGGAGCACAUCUACCACCUGAAGGUGAAGUCAGACGAUGUCUUUGACGAGUGGGUAUCCAAGCUCCGGCACCACAGAAUGUACCGGCAGAAUGAGAUCGCCAUGUUUCCUCGGGAUGUCAGUCACUUUUUCCCAGGGCCCACUGUCACAGAUUCCGCCCCAGGAGUGUUCGAGGCCAUGUCCAGUAGGAAGCGCAGCAGUCUGUCAAAGCAGAAUUCAUUUCAAACGGGAAGCAACCUGUCAUUUUCUUGUGGUGGUGACACACGAGUUCCAUUCUGGCUGCAGUCUUCAGAGGACAUGGAAAAAUGCUCAAAAGACCUGGCACACUGCCACGCCUACCUGCUGGAAAUGAGCCAGCUCUUACAAAGCAUGGACGUCCUGCAUCGGACAUACUCGGCACCAGCCAUCAACGCCAUCCAGGGUGGAGCUUUUGAAAGUCCUAAAAAGGAAAAGCGCUCGCACAGGAGGUGGAGGUCCAGAGCUAUUGGCAAAGACGCCAAAGGAACGCUGCAGGUCCCUAAACCUUUUUCUGGCCCAGUGAGACUACACUCUUCCAAUCCUAAUUUGUCAACACUGGACCUGGGUGAGGAGAAGUGUUAUUCAGAUGGUUCUGAAGCCUCAUCCGAGUUCUCCAAGAUGCAGGAGGACCUGUGCCACGUUGCCCAUAAAGUUUACUUCGCUUUAAGGUCGGCUUUUAAUAGCAUAUCGACGGAGAGAGACAAGCUGAAGCAGUUGAUGGAGCUGGACGCCUCCUCCCCGCCUUCUGCUCAGGUCGUCGGGCUGAAGCAUGCUCUGUCGUCUGCCCUAGCACAAAACACAGAUCUUAAAGAACGCUUACGCAGAAUCCAUGCGGAAACUCUGCUCUUCGACUCUCCCGCUGUUCCCAAGUCGGGGGACAACCUGGCAGAGGAAAUCUCAGGGGACGAAAGCCGAGCCCUGGUGCACCAGCUCUCCAACGAGAGCAGACUGUCCAUCACCGACUCCCUCUCUGAGUUUUUUGAUGCCCAGGAAGUUCUGCUGUCUCCUAGCUCGUCAGAAAACGAGAUUUCUGAUGACGACUCAUAUGUCAGUGACAUAAGUGACAAUCUGUCCUUAGACAACCUCAGUAAUGACUUAGACAACGAAAGACAGACCUUAGGGCCUGUUCUCGAAAGUGGUGGGGAAGCCAGGUCCAAAAGGCGGACCUGCUUGCCGGCGCAGGGCCCCAACACCAGUAGUGUCAGCUUAUGGAGCAUCCUGCGCAACAACAUCGGGAAGGACCUGUCCAAGGUGGCCAUGCCGGUGGAGCUGAAUGAGCCGCUGAACACCCUGCAGCGGCUCUGUGAGGAGCUGGAAUACAGCGAGCUCCUGGACAAGGCUGCGCGCAUCCCCAGUGCCCUGGAAAGGAUGGUAUACGUGGCCGCCUUCGCCAUCUCUGCAUAUGCAUCCAGCUACUUCCGAGCAGGCAGCAAACCGUUUAACCCAGUCCUUGGAGAAACGUAUGAAUGCAUCCGGCAGGACAAGGGCUUCCAGUUUUUUGCCGAGCAGGUCAGCCACCACCCACCUAUCUCCGCCUGCCACGCCGAGUCUGGAAACUUCGUUUUCUGGCAAGAUGUGAGAUGGAAAAACAAAUUCUGGGGUAAAUCCAUGGAAAUCGUCCCAAUCGGCACAACCCACGUGACGCUGCCAGCCUUCGGAGAUCACUUUGAGUGGAACAAAGUGACUUCCUGCAUCCACAACAUCUUAAGCGGGCAGCGGUGGAUCGAGCACUAUGGUGAGAUUGUCAUCAAGAACCUGACGGACGACUCCUGCCACUGCAAAGUGAACUUCAUAAAGGCGAAGUACUGGAGCACCAAUGCCCACGAGAUCGAAGGCACAGUGUUCGACCGCGAUGGGAAGGCUGUGCACCGGCUGUUUGGAAAAUGGCAUGAGAGCAUCUACUGUGGUGGUGCCUCCUCUUCCACAUGUGUCUGGAGAGCAAACCCCAUGCCGAAAGGCCAUGAGCAGUAUUACGGUUUCACACAGUUUGCAUUAGAGUUAAAUGAAAUGGAUCCAUUGUCAAGGUCUUUAUUACCACCCACCGACACUCGGUUUAGACCAGAUCAAAGGCUUCUAGAAGAAGGGAACAUAGAGGAAGCUGAGGUGCAGAAGCAGAGGAUCGAGCAGCUGCAGAGGGAGCGGAGGCGGGUCUUGGAGGAAAACAGCUUAGAGCACCAGCCCCGGUUUUUCAGGAAAUCCAGCGAUGACUCUUGGGUGAGCAACGGGACCUACCUGGAACUGAGGAAGGACCUUGGCUUCUCCAGACUGGACCAUCCCGUCUUGUGGUGAAAAAGCAAAGAAGAGAGAUGUGUUAGUAUACUUCCCUCACGUUUGCUUCCGGAAGCAGCGCACACUUGUGUCUGUACGUCUAAAAGAUAGUAUCUAGAACGAUCACUUGUGCUUAGGUUAGCAGCGUAAGUACUGAAGUAUAUAUUUUCUUCAGUAAGUUUCUUUACAGGUUCAAGUAUUAUCAUGAUUGUUUAUAUGAAUGUAGAACACCUCGGUAUUUCCUUUUAUACAUAAACUAUUUAAUAAAAAUGAAAGAUUGAAUGUUAAUGUGUGGGUUUAAAGAAAAUGAAGCUUUAACACUAAUUUCCCAAAGGUAAGGGGGAAAAUCAAAUGUAUGCCUUAUAAAAUCACACUGGAGAAAACAGCUAUCUCCCAGGUGCAUUAAGAAAUAAGAACAGCCGGGGUUGCUCACCCGUGCACUAGCUAUCCAGGUUUAAUUGGUAGCUGGGAUAUCUUUUUGCCUCAGACAGCUCUUGACUUGCUCAUACAGAACAAUCUGCUGGUGCUGAAGUACCGAGACUAUUUUCAUUUGCAUUUAGUGGUUAAGGCGUCUGUGUGAGGUUGGUGGGAUGCAUAUUUUUUAUGUGAGGUAGGCAUUGCCUGUUGGGAAGGGGAAGCCUUUUCUCCCUGUAGUUCUGUUGCCUUAUAUACAACACUCUCCCCCCACCCACCCACACACACUUGCUUAGAUUAAUCAGAGAGAUCUCCAAUAAUCAGUGUCCUGAUCGCAUCCCAAGGAGGCAGAAGGCAUUUCAUUUUUUCUCAGUGAGAGCUGAAUCCUUAACAGUUUAAGAAACUACUUUCAGCUUCCUGCCCCACCCCGGCUCACAAGCCCUCCUUCUGGCCCCUAUUUCAGAUGGAAUGUCUCCCAUGUAGUACAAGACAUACAGUAAACAGCCUGCAGCAGUGUGGCCUUCUGAAAUGUUAGUGCAGUCAUGGGGGUUUGAAAUAACCUGGCACAUCCUUCUUUCAUGUGUCUUUGGUGUUAUCUACCUCUUACUAAGAUCUGUACUCUCAACCAUGUGUAGACAUUUGACCAUCUGCCUUAUAGACAAGCAUCAAGCAUUCUUCUUCUGUGUCGUCCUGAGAAAGCUGCAAAGGUUUUACCUCUCUCCUCUACUCUCUUCUUAUUUAUAAUACUCUGACAUCUGCAUCUGUCUCAGAUAGGAGCUACCAAAACAAAACGGUUGUUCUUGUAAAUGUCUUACUUCACAUUACGAUAAUAGAAUGUGUGUGGUAGCUGAAUUGUGUUAUCAAAACAAUUCUGACUUCUGCCCAGAGCACAUUAAAACCAAAGCCUGAUUGUUAAGCCUUUGACUUGCAUGUCUGUAAUGAUUCUGUGAAGUAUUGUGUGUAAUGGUAGGGUAAAGAGAUUUCUAUAGAAAGAAUUUGAGGGGCCCAGUGAGAUCGGCUCAGCAGGUAAAGGCACUUACUGUACAAGCCUGGCAGCCUUAGUCCAAUUCCCAGGACCCACAUAGAAGGUGGAAGGAGAGAACCAACCCCACAGAGCUGACGUGUGUCACACCAAGUAGCUGACUGGACAGCGCUGAGUUUUCACAAUGGAGUGUUGAAAGUGAAUCAGUAGUCUUUGGAGUCUUCAAGUGACUGUCAUUUUAAACAACUCAUUAAAUAUUGGUUCAUUUA